UUUUUCUUUCAUAGUGUGUUGGACAGCUCGAAAGCCACAGACUUAAUUUUAUUAAUUUUCGCGUUAAAGUGACGUUUAAAAUAAAUUAUAAUGGCAAAAAAAUGUUUAUAAAGUGAUAAGAAACCAUUUAAAAGUGGAGGAUCUGGAAAAAGAUCACCAGAAUCUACCAAUGAAAAUAUAGAGGCAUUUAUUGCUAAAAAAAACAUCCAUAAAUGAGGAAUUAAAAGUGAAAUUCUAAUCGUAUAAAAAUGAUGAGCGUUCAAAGGAUUAUGUUACUUUUAUAUUCAACAUCCAAGCCGAGUGAUAAAGAAAUUUAAUGAAGUAUAGAAUGCUACUUAGCAAAAAUGUGUAUAGUGUAUCAGUGUGAAGAUAUAGAAUUUUUAAAUCAAGUCAAACUGAUUUAGAAAAUUGAAAAUAUAAAAAGAAAAUAUUAAUUAAAGACAUUUUUAGAAGACGAAAAGAAAAAUACACAAAAUAAUUAUAGAUAAAGGAGUCACAAAACCAAAGGACUUUUUUUGUGUGUGCAAGACACUAAACACUUUUAGUGAACUACAUAAUAAAUUUUAAUCAAUGAAAUUAGUGAAAUAAGUUCAAAUUUAAGUUAAUUUCUCUUGUGUUUCAUCAGUUUUCCUUUUUCCUGUACAUUUUUGUUUAAUUCUCAUAAAAUUCAAUCAUAUCUGAUUUUUAAAAAAUUAAUACCGAUUAAGAGGAAAGUUUAAAAAGAUUUUUAACAAGUUCUGAUAAAAAAAAGGAGUUGUUAAAUCAACAUUAACACGAAGUGAGAGCGAAGAAAAAAGAGAAAAAAAAAACAUUUUUCAACUAAAAGCAGUACUACACAUCAGCUGUAAACAUGGCUGAUCAUCUCGAUGAACCACCACAGAAAAAACAGAAAAAGGAUCCUUUUCAAGGGCCUGAUUCCAAUUUAUACUCAACUGGUCCAAAUUUCGAUGACAUGUUACUACUAGAAACAGAAUUACCCGAUGAAUUAAUGGCAGGCGGUCCAUCUUCAUGGGAACAACAAAUGGUGACGAAUAAUAAGCCACCAGCGCAAGGUCCAGGUCCAGGACAAAUUUAUCAGACGUCACAAAUGAAUGGCGGUGAUGAGGCAAUAGUUCCAACAAAUGUUGCGACCUUACAGAGGCAACAGCAACAUCAACAACAACUUGCUCACUUGUUACAGCAAGGACAAAAGAAUCCGAUGAAUGUCGGUAAUCCACAUCUUAAUCAAUUGACAAAUAAAAAUCCAAUACAAGGCGGUCCGAAUGUAACGGCUGUAAUGAACAACCUAGGUGUUAGUAAUAUGACAAUGUCAAUGGCUCCAAAUAAUGGCACUAAUAACGCUAUGACUAUGCAAGGAAUUAGUACGUUAGCUGGAAAUGUGAAUCAAGGUGGAAUGAUAAUAACAAAUAGUGCCGCAGGUCCAAUGUCGGGUGGCGGAUUAGUGUUAAAUAAGAAUAAUCAAAUGAAUCAAUUACCACCAAAUAUGCAGAAUGGUCCAGGAUUACAGAUGAUGCAGCCACAGAGAAUGAUUACGAGUAUUUUGCAGAAUCGAGGAAAUCCUGGAUCGCAUUUAAUUAAUGCACCGCGAAUGCAAAACCCAGGAAUGUUACCAAAUCAAAUGAGUCAAAUGAAUCAACAGAGUUAUCAAAUGAACAAUGCUGGAUCAUUUAAUAAUCAACCUGGAAAUAAUCAACAAGUGUUAUUGCCAAAUAUGCAACAAAAUAGGCUUCCCAUGAGUCAACAGAUUAAUGCAGUUCGAUUACAGACACCAAUUGUAAAUAAUAAUGAUGCAUGCGGUGGACUCAAAGUUGUAGGUGUAAAUAAUAUUACUGGAAAUAUGGUAAAUAAUAAUGAUGCUGUUGGUAUGGCACAGCAACAGUCGCCCGCUAAUGCACCAAAUCAAGCAGGUCCAAAUCAAGUUAGAUUGCCAACGACAGUGGCAGGUGCUCAGCAACAGCCUCAACAAACUGGGCCUGGAUCGUCUGGAAUUGCUACGAAUAAUCCUCUCAUGGCUGAUCCAGAAAAGAGGAAAUUAAUUCAACAACAAUUAGUUUUAUUGCUUCAUGCACACAAAUGUAUGAGACGAGAAAAUGAUACAUGUACAUUACAGCAUUGUCGAACGAUGAAAGAUGUCCUUAAUCAUAUGACGACAUGUAAUUUAGGCAAAAAUUGUCCACGAACACACUGUUCAUCGUCGCGUCAAAUUAUAAAUCAUUGGAAGAAUUGUAAUCGUGGUGAUUGUCCGGUAUGCUCACCAUUAAAACAAUCUGAAAGUAAUAAGAAUAAAGCUGGUCAGCCAGGGCAGCAGCAAAAUGUAGUAGCAGGACAACAACAACAGCAACAACAACAAGGUAAUGCUAUGCAAAAUCAGCAAUCGCAACAAAAUGCUACACAACAAGGAAAUCUCACUGGCGAUAUGAAUCAGAAUCAGAACCAGCAGCAGCAGCCAUCGAAUGAUGGACCAAUGCAAAUUAAUGCACAACAAACACUUUCAAAUGUAACGAAUCCAAAUGAAAUAAUUCGACCACAAUUUGGUGCCAAUAAUAUGAAUGCACUUGGAGCUAUGAGGAUGCAACAACAACAACAACAGCAACAACAACAAAAUCAGCAAGCUCCUCAGCAACAAAUGCAACAGCCCAAUAUGGCUGGUCCACGAAUGACAAUGUCUGAUGCCAAUCAAUCCACAAUGGAUAGACUCAUUCAACAACAACAACAACAGCAGAGUGGCAUGAUUCAGCAGCAGCAACAGCAACAACAGUCACAGACACAAAAUCAGCAAAAUGCUACACAGUUACAGAAUCAAAUGAUAAAUAUGUUACAGCAAUCGAAUGAUACAUCAAAUGCCAAUGGAGGUGCUAAUAAUGUUCGUAAUGAUGCAUCAUCGCUUUUAUCAACGCAACGUCCAGUAAAUCUUCCAAAUAAUUCCAUGUUACAGCAACAACAAAAUCAAUCGACAAACAUUCCAAAUCAGCAGCAGCAACAAUCUCAAUUACAGCAACAGCAUUUAGCGAAUAUGCAACAAUUUAAUAAUGUACUUGAGAAUAUAAAUGCAGCAAAUGGAAAUGUUGCGAGUGUUACAAGUGUUACGACAAAUUUAAAUCAAAUACAAGGAAAUCUCGCUGGACCAAGCAGUGGAAGUAAAGAUUGGCAUCAAUCAAUUACGCCCGACUUACGUAAUCAUUUAGUUCAUAAAUUAGUGCAAGCUAUUUUUCCAACAAACGACAUGAAUGCAAUGUAUGAUAAGCGAAUGUCAAAUCUGCUAGCUUACGCGAGAAAAGUUGAAGGAGAUAUGUAUGAAAUGGCUAAUACUCGAUCUGAAUAUUAUCAUUUGUUGGCUGAAAAGAUCUAUAAGAUCCAGAAGGAAUUAGAAGAAAAGCGUCAAAAGAGAAAGGAACAGCAACAACAGCAGGCUGCUCAACAGCAACAAGCUAAUCAAGUUCGAGGAAUGCCACCAAACUUUCCACAACAAAAUAUCCCUAAUAAUCCAAAUUUAAUUCCACGAAUGCCGACCAAUCAAGGAUUACAAAUGGGUAAUCAAACGGGACAACAAAAUUUCCCAGGAAAUCAACGAAUGCCUUUUAAUACUGGUCAGCAAGUGCCACAAUCAAAUAUGGGCAGUCAAAUGGUUGUUGGACAAUCUGGUCCAUCACCAAGUAGUGGCGGUGGAAAUACACCUAAUCUUCUAGUGCCUAACUCAGGGCUAUCUCCAUUCAGCUGCAAUUCAUCCGGAAUGACUCCUCCAAAUAGUGCUGCAGCACAACAAAAUUCCCAGCAACAACAAAUGUUAUCAAACCGUCCAAUUAUGUCUCCAUCUAAUGAUUUCAAUCCAAAUAUUAUUCAUGUUGUUGGUGGCAAUAAUAUGCAACAGCAACAAAAUAAGAAUCAGACAGUCAAUAGUCAAGCACCGUCACCGUUCAGUCAAAGUCAAAAUCAAAAUGUAUUCAAUAAUAAUAUAAUGAUGCAAAAUAAUCAACAACAACAACGAAUGGGCAGUAAUAGUAGCAACAUGAUGCCUCCUACACCAACAAGUAGUGAUUUAAAUUCAACAAUUCCCGUGCCGAGUCCUUCGCCAAGUCUUAAUUCCAAUGGACCUCCACCUUCUGUUUCCACACCAAAUACUCCUAAUGUAAGCAUGUUUAGGCCCCCUCCUGAGCCUACACCUCCAUUAUCAAUCACAUCUCCCGGAAAAGGACAAAACAAUUUCGGUCAUAUGAGCAAUUCCGGAAUGAACUCUAUGAUGAGUGGACGAAGUUCAUUAAGUUCCCAACGAGCAGCACUUGAAGCUGCAUGCAAAGAAGAAGACUCACCGCCACCAGUUCCAUCGCCACAGAAUGCAAAUCGUGGUAAACUCGAUCAGAAACUUGGUGAUGAUAUUAAAGUUAAAAUGGAAACUGAGGAUGGUGACAAAUGUGACGUAAAACCUGAUAUUAAGAUGGAAGAUUCUGAUGAUCAUAAAGCGGGAUCUAAGUGGAUGGAAGUUGGUGAUAUAAAGAAAGAAAAGAACGAAGAUGGACAACAUGUGGAUAUAAAUACUAAUGUGAUUGGACGGGAAGGAUGGGAAGAUUACAAGGAUAUAAAAAGGACUGAGAAAAUGGAAGAUGAUGUUAAGAAAAUUAAGGAGGAAGCAAUGUCACCAGGAUCUUCGAAUCAAGAAAGUCAAGCACUAGUGAAGCCAGAAUUGAAGCUCGAACCUGUUGCUACAACAGACAAGAAAGUUAAGACUUGCACAUUUAAACCAGAGGAGCUCUGUGAAGCAUUGCUGCCUACGCUUGAGAAGCUAAUUCGUCAAGAGCCUGAAUCGUUACCUUUCCGUUCUCCUGUCGAUCCAAUUGCCUUAGGAAUUCCAGACUAUUUAGAUAUAAUUAGGAAGCCAAUGGAUUUGGGAACAAUUGAAAAGAAUUUAAAGAAGGGAGAAUAUUCUGAUCCUUGGGAAUAUGUUGAUGAUGUAUGGUUAAUGUUUGAUAAUGCAUGGUUAUAUAAUCGUAAAACUUCCAGAGUAUAUCGUUAUUGCACAAAGUUGUCUGAGGAAUUUGAGAAAGAAAUUGAUCCUGUAAUGCAAGCAUUAGGAUACUGUUGUGGUCGAAAGUAUACAUUCAAUCCACAAGUUUUGUGCUGUUAUGGUAAACAGUUGUGCACAAUACCGCGUGAUGCCAAGUAUUUUAGCUAUUUAGAUAGAAAUGCAUUUACAAAUGCAUCCGACAGAUAUGUCUUCUGUCAACGGUGCUUCAACGACAUUCCUGGGGACACUGUAAGUCUUGGUGACGAUCCAACACAAACUCAAACUCAAAUUAAAAAGGACCAAUUUAAGGAGAUGAAGAAUGAUCAUCUCGAAUUAGAACCAUUUGUUACAUGUAAUGAAUGUGGACGAAAACAGCAUCAAAUAUGCGUACUCUACCAUGAACAGAUCUGGUCGCGUGGUUUUACAUGCGAUAAAUGUCUUGAUAAGAAAGGACAAAAGCGUAAACCAAAUAAAUUUAAUGCAAAGAGCUUAGCAACAUCAAAACUUGGAAUAUACAUUGAGACUCGCGUGAAUAAUUUCUUAAAGAAAAAAGAGGCUGGCGCUGGAGAAGUAUAUAUUCGAGUUGUAUCAAGUUCUGAUCGUAUGGUUGAAGUUAAGCCUGGAAUGAAAUCUCGUUUUGUUGAUACUGGUGAUAUGCCAGGUGAUUUUCCAUAUCGUGCUAAAGCAUUAUUUGCAUUUCAAGAACUGGAGGGAAAGACUGUUUGUUUCUUUGGUAUGCACGUACAAGAAUAUGGUUCUGAGUGUUCAGCACCAAAUACAAGGCGUGUUUAUAUUGCCUAUCUUGAUUCCGUACAUUUCUUCCGACCAAAAAAUCAUCGAACUGCCGUAUAUCAUGAGAUUCUUCUCUCUUAUAUGGAUUAUGCUAAACAAUUAGGAUAUACAAUGGCUCAUAUUUGGGCGUGUCCACCAUCAGAAGGUGAUGACUACAUUUUCCAUUGCCAUCCACCUGAACAAAAGAUUCCAAAACCAAAAAGACUUCAGGAAUGGUACAAGAAGAUGCUCGAUAAAGGCAUAACUGAACGUAUUAUUCAGGACUAUAAGGAUAUCUUGAAACAAGCAAUGGAAGAUAAGUUGACAUCAGCUUGUGAAUUGCCUUAUUUUGAGGGUGACUUCUGGCCUAAUGUAAUUGAAGAGUCUAUUAAAGAAUUAGAUCACGAAGAAGAAGAAAAAAGGAAGCAAGCGGAAGCGGCAGAAGCUGCAAACGCUAAUUCAUCAAUUAAUGAUGAUAGUGAUAAUGGUACUGAGGAUAAUAAGAAGAAAGGUCAAAAAUCCCAGAAGAAGAAAUCGUACAAGUCGAAAGCGGCGCAAAGGAAAAAUACAAAGAAAGUCAGUGAACAAAGUGGCAAUGAUCUCAGUGAUAAAAUAUUUGCAUGUAUGGAGAAACAUAAGGAAGUGUUUUUCGUUAUUCGCCUACAUUCUGCACAAUCCGCUGCUAUCUUAGCGCCUAUUCAAGAUCCAGAUCCGCUAUACAAUUGUGACUUGAUGGACGGUAGGGAUGCAUUUUUGACGCUAGCAAGAGAUAAGCAUUAUGAGUUUUCAUCACUAAGACGCGCUCAAUUCUCAACAAUGUGUAUGUUAUAUGAAUUACACAAUCAAGGACAAGAUAAAUUUGUAUAUACUUGUAAUAACUGCAAGAAUCAUGUCGAGACAAGAUAUCACUGCACAGUUUGUGAUGAUUACGACUUGUGUCUUUCAUGCAAAGAGAAAGUUGGUCAUCCUCAUAAGAUGGAGCGUCUUGGAUUCGAUUUAGACGAUGGAUCAUCACCAACCGAUGGACGACCACAAUCUAAUCCACAAGAAGCAAGAAAACAAUCUAUUCAGAGAUGUAUUCAGUCAUUGGUGCAUGCUUGCCAGUGUCGGGAUGCAAAUUGUCGCUUACCAUCUUGUCAGAAGAUGAAACGUGUUGUAACGCAUACGAAGAAUUGCAAGAGAAAAACACACGGUGGAUGUCCAAUUUGCAAGCAACUUAUUGCUCUGUGCUGUUAUCAUGCUAAGCAUUGUAAAGAGAACAAAUGCUUGGUUCCAUUCUGUCCAAAUAUUAAGCAGAAAUUACGACAACAAAGUUUGGCACAAAGAUUACAAGAGCAACAGUUUAAUCGUCGUAGAGCUGCGGCUAUGAAUAUUCGAAUGCAAGCAAUGAGUCAACAAUCAGCGAUACAGCAAGCAACUCCUACGCCUGUUCAUGGUUCGAAGGAAGAAAUGAGUCCAUCAAGUAUGAGUCCUCAUCAUGGCAAUUCAAUGGGUGGAAUGGGAAGUCCACAUCAUAUAACUGGUGUUAAGCCUGGCUCACAACAACAGCAGCAACAACAACAAACGACUCAGAAACCUCCUCCAGCUGUCCUUCAAGUCGUUAAACAGGUGCAAGCGGAAGCUGCACGUCAACAAUCACAUGGUGGAAAUUAUGGUAAAAUGGGUCAGACGAUGCAUCCACCAAACAUGAGAAUGCCAAAUCAUUUAAAUCCAAAUGUUUCGAAACCACAACAUGCUGCUGGAAUUAAUGUCGGUGGUCCAAAUCCAAAUGCUAAUAUGAUGGCAAACGAUUGGAAUAAUGGACCACGCUUCUCAAAUCCAAAUGUAAAUAAUCCAAAUGCUAUGCGUUCACCAAAUCCUGGUGCACAAAUGGUUGUGCCGAAUCAAAUGCAAGCUAAUCAGCAAAUGGUUCAAUCUGGAAAUAUGCCUGGAAAUUCUCAAAUGAUGAGACCAGGCGCUGGAAAUAUGCAAGGAAUGGUGCAAUUAGGACCAAAUAAUGUACCGCAAAAACAAGCAGUUCAACAGCUCAUACAGACUCUUAAAAACAAUCCUGGACCAGAACAACAGCAACAAUUAUUGCAAAUAUUAAAAGCAAAUCCACAACUUAUGGCUGCAUUCAUUAAGCAAAGACAACAGAAUCAAUUAAAUAAUCAGCAACAGCAACAACAACAACAAAAUCAACAGAAUGUUGUAGGUCAACAGCAAAAUCCACAACAAAUGCAACCAAAUCAAAAUGCUGGACAUCAAAUGAUGAUAAAUCAGCAAAUGCAGCAGCAGCAACAACAACAACAACAAAAUCAAAUGCAGCAACCAAAUCAAAUGAUGAUGAUGUCUAAUGGACCUAAUCAAAUGGUUAAUCGAAUGCAAGGUGGAAUGGGAAAUCCUAAUGUACAGCAAGGCGGAAAUCUUGGGGGAGUUUUGGGAGGACCAAUGCAAAAUCAGCAACAAAAUCAGCAAAGCCAACAACAACAAUGGUUUAAUAAGCAACAGCAACAACAACAACCUCAACAACCAAUAAUUUUGCAAAGACAAAUUCAGGGAAUUGGAAAUUAUCAAGGUGGUCCGACGAGUUAUAUGGCUCGUCCUAGACAGCCACAAAUGGGAGGAAUGAAUCAGAAUAAUUUCCAAGGAAUUUUCAAUGCUGAUCAACAGCAACAAGGAAUGAAACCAAAUCAACCACUACAAUCGCCUGGAAAUAGCGUAUUAUCAUCACAAUUACAAGGUGGAAUUCAGCAUCAAGUUGUUAUGGGACCACCAGGAGGACAGCACGCGACAAUGCAACAGCAAAUGAUGCAAAAUGUAAGAUCGCCACCUCCAAUUGCAAGCCCUCAAGCAAAUCCAUCACCUAGACCCGCACCAUCACCUAGAGCACAGCCAUCUCCACAUCAUUUGCCAAGUCAUUCGCCCGGCGGAGAUAUGCAUAAUCAUCUCGUUCAUCCACAUCAAUCGCCACUGCCUGCUAUGGAUAAUAAUGUAAUGGGUGAGAGUCAAUUAAAUGCACAAGAACAAUUAUCGAAAUUUGUGGAAAAAUUGUAGCGCGUUGAUAAUACAUUAUAAAUUAUUAAUAUUUCUGUUGUUCUGCUGUAAAGUCCUUUAAGAGACCCACUCCCCUUCCCCCACCACUUCCUUUGCCAAAUCAAGUCAAAGUCGAAUGAGGGAAAUCUGUUCUGUUCUGUUCUGUUUAUCUACAUGAGUAACACGAUAAAGAAAACAAAAAAAAAAUCUUGUAAAUAAUUACAUAUUUAGAAAUUAAAUACUUGUUUAGGACUAUUCUUUUUCAUUUCGGGCAAAGAAAAAAUAGUAAAAAUAAAGAAAGCAUAGCAAAAAUCGAAAGGAAAAGGAGUAAAUCUGGAUGGGAAAAAUGGAAAGUUGUGGAAUUUAAGAUGAAAGAAAACAAAUACUGUGACACUUUAAAAAAUAGGAUUUUUAAUUUAUGUGAUUUAAAAUUAGUAAUAUUUUUUUUUCAUUUGGAUUUUACUUUAUUUAAUUAAAACAUUCUUCCUUAUAAUUUAUAAGCGAGAGAAUCGAACAAAAAAGCAAAAGAUUUAACAUUUAAAUAAAAUUGUCUUUUUACCGUAAAAAAACAAAUUUCUAUUAAUUAAUACAUGAAUAUUAUUAUUAUUAUUAUUAUGUGAACGAUGAAGAAACCAAGAAUAGUGGAUAAAUAAUAUUAAAAAAUAAUUAAUUAAUGUACUUACUAAUAACACCUCCCUACCAACUCAUGGAAAUGAAUACAAGUUAUUAGACCUUUGUGAAGUUUAUCCCCAACUUCAGCCCAGCUUUCUUUCAGCAUGCAUCAAGUGAUGAAAAAAGAAGUCGGGCUGAGGUUCGUGCUGAUUUCACACAAAUACUUAUUACUGCUAUUUACAUAGACAAGAAGAUGAAGCAGAAAGCACACAAAGCUAAAUAAUUAUUGAAACAAAGAUUUGUACAGUAAAACUUCCAUCUGAGAAGCACUGAGAAUUUUAAAGCGAUAAUCUGGCAACAUGGCAAUGUAUUAUUAUGUAAUAUUGCAUACUGUUAUCGUGAGCAGCACAAAAUUUUAGUCAUGGUUAUUUAUUAAGUCUAUCCAACUGUUAUUAUGCUGCAGACAUUCUCAGGAGCUUCUCUCGUAUGGCUUCACACGUUAAGAUACUCAAAAAAAAUGUUAUCUCUUUAUUUUUUUAUUUAAUUUCAUUUAUUUUUUUAUACGAACAUUUGACAAAUAUUCCUUAAUUUUCAUCUCCUAUACGUCAUCAACUAAUUUCUCUUGUCAAAUUGAAUCUGAAGCAUUGGAGAAUUUAGGCGAAGAAAUUUGAAUUGGACCUCUAAUUUAUUGCAAAGAUUCUCCUCAAUUCUCUUCACAUUCACUUUAAUGACAGUCAUUUUGGAAAGACUUAAUAACUAUAUAUAUAUAUAUAUUUGUGAUAGGGAAUAACUGAUACUAUUGAUAAUGUAAAUACAAAGUGAGCUAGAAUUUUUCUUUUUCAAACAUAAGAUAGAUGGAAGUUGUCCAUACUUAAGAGAAAAUAAUAGUUCGGGAUAGAAAUUGAAUCCAAAUAAAGCAGGAAUGAAGUAAAAUCAACACAUUAAAUACCGUUUAAUGAUUAAUUAAUUAACGGGCUUGGCUGUGCUCUGUGUUAAAUCAAAUUUGAAGAAAAUUUCUGAUCUGAAUCUUAAAAGAAAAGAAUGAAAAGGGAAAAGAGAGAUAAAGGCUUUGAUUUAUCGAAGCGAUGAGAAUUUUUUUUAAUUUGUUUCAAUGUGUAAAAUAAAAAAUAUAUAUUUUUUUGUUGUUUCCAUAUUUUUUAAAAUAGAAUUCUUAAUGUUUUCUUCUCUCGCUUUUUUUGCACUUGGUUAAGUAACUGCGCACAUUAAAAAUGAGAAAAAUUCCGACUUUUCCUUGAAUUAUUUUGCAUUUCUUUUCUGAUUUAAUGGAAUGGAGACGAUGGAAUUGUUGAUUAUUAUGCUUUGGGUGACAUUUUUGAUCAAUAAAUGCUUUGGGUGGAGAUUAAAAUCGAGGCUGUAGAAGUCUUUUAAAUGAUUUCGUUCUAAAACAGUGUUUUUCAAAAUUUUGACACCAUUUUGAAGAUUUAUGGGCACGAUUUUAAAGUUUUGGCGGGAAAACAAGAUUCUCUCAAGGUUAAGUUUGAACUCAAUCGUUACAAACUCAAUCGUCAUAAAGCAGAAAAGUAGCCUAAUAGUUUUGAGUCAUGAAAUAUUCUUAGUUCUUAAGUUUAAGACUGGAAACAUUUUUCAAAAGUUCGCUGCACACAGUUAGUGAAACCAAAUCUAAGCAAGGGUGUGGAACUAAGGAAUUACACUUUGAUCAAUUUUGAUCAUUUCAUCAGUACUACACCCUUGAAUCUAAGAGAUAAAUCGAGCUACAAUUUAAUUAGGAUAGAAUCUAUUGUAUCACACCUUUUUAAAUCAAUUGUUUAAAGCGGAAUCCGAAUCAAUUUCUUAAUAUUAAUCAAAUCAUCUCCAGAACUUUAAAAUGAUGCUUUUCAUUACAUCAGACAAUUCAAAUUCUCAAAACAUUAAUUUUAUAAUCUCCUAAGAAUAUUAGCAACAAUUUCAUCAUCUCCUCCCAGAACCAGUCGUAUUGUAUCUUUUAACUUAUAGUUUGGUAUCUCAUCCUGAGUUGUAUGAAGCUUAAAAUGCUAUGGCUUGGCAAAUAAAAAAAGACUAAAUUAAAGACAAAAUUUCAAAGAAUAUUGUCAAGCAAUGAGCUUCAUAUACCUCAACAUAAAUCUCUUCUACCAUCUAUUUCUUUAAUAAAGUUAUUUAUAUAAAUGAUAAAUUAUGAAAGUUGAACAAAACGUAAGAUUGAAGCAUUCUCUUAAGGAAGAAGAUGUAAUGAGAAAAGAUAGGGAAAUUAACAAAUACAUAUUUCAGUAGUCAUUUAAGAAAUUGUGUUCGUUCAUUAGAAGAAGAUUAAAAAUAUUUUUUUUUGGAGACAAUUAAUUUAUUUGUAAAGAAAAGCCAAUUCUGCAAAAUUUGGCAUAAAAAAUGUUUUUGCAUUAGGGAAAAAAAAUUAAAUUAAUAACUUUUCAUACGAAAGUAUUAGGAAUUGUUCAUUGCUGUAAGAACCUUUUAUAUCAAUCAUGUAUCAUCUGAAAUAUUUUGUAAAUUAUAAUCUAAUAUUUAUGCAAUGAACAGCUUCUUUUUGAUGAAAUAGACACCAACCGAAUACAUCAUUAACAUGCAGAAUGCUCAUGAAGAAUGAAGUUAACCUUAGUGAAUUUUAAAAUGACAUUACUGAGAAGCCUAAGAUAUUUCUGAGAAAUGACAUGUUAAGAUCUUAAGGAUGAUUUUGGCUUCAUGAGAAAGGAAGACUUAGAGAAUGGAUGAAGGAAGUUGAUAGAGAGAUGUAUCUAGAUGGUUACACACACGAUCUUUGGAGAUUUGUUUCAAAAAUCUUCUGUCUUUACAAACAAUUCGAAAAUCUCAGACUUAAACAAUUAAGCAUUGCACUGCUUUUCAAUUCUCGUUGAGAUGUCUCGAAAAGAAGAUCUAUAUUGGAUUGAUUGAAGAUUUAGUCAUUCUGAUCAGUUCCACACUCUUAGAAUAAAUUAACAUCAAUAGACCUAAAUCCAAUUUAAAAGAUACACCUAAAACUCUUAUCACAAAAUGUUCUUAUGAUCCAGCAAAACUUAACUGAAACUUCAUCAUCCAAAUCUCUUCACAUCCUUCCUGCAUACUCAUUUGUACAUGAAGAAUAAAAAUAAAUUGUAAUAAAUUGAACAAUUAAUUAUGAAAAAGGAACAGUCCUUUGAUCAGCUAUUUAAACGUUAUGAUAGUUCUUAGGUGGAAAUGAAGAUGAACUUCUUUUUUUGUGUUAGAAAAUUUAAUCAAUUUUCAUAUAAAUAUUAUUAAAAAAGAAAAGAAAAAUUAUAAAUAAAAGGAAAAUUUUAGAAUUAUAAGUUUAAAUUGUUAAGAGAUCACACACAUACAUGCAUACAUAUAUACACCAAAAUUUCACUUUUAAUGAAUAAGAAACACAUUUAAGAUUGAACGAUAUACGGUGUUGCUGAGAAAGUAAACUUUUGUAUAAAAAAAAUAUUUAACAAUUUUUCUAGUAAAAAAAUGACGAUGAAAAAAUACUUUUAAGAAAUAAGAAUGGAUAAAAUUAGAAAAUUAUGCUAAAAAACUGAAUAAAAGUCAUCAAAAUGCGAUGAAACAUUGCAAUUAUGAAGAUAAAUGUAUUUUUAUUUAUAAAUAAAUACAUAAUGAUGAAAAAAAAACCUAUAAAUAUAUGCUGAUGAACACAUAAAGUAAAAUGGAAAACUGAUUAAAUUACCUUUUUAGCGAUGAAAUAAAUUAAAUUUAAUAAUAAAACAAAAAUCGACUAUACAUAUAGGAACAUUUGUAAUAAAAAUGAUGAGAAAAAAAAUUGAAAUUAAAAAAAAAAUCGUUGCAGUUUUAAAGAAAAUUUUUAAGAUGAAAUCUAUCCAUAAGUGAGCAUGAAAGAGGAUUAUGAAAGUUAUUUUUGUGUCCCUUCUUUCAACAUAUUCUGCCGGAAAUCCAAAUAUAUUAUGCCUAUACACUCACACAUACAUACAUGCAUAAGCUCCUGCAGAGCCUAUUUUAUUAUGAAAAGAAAAAUCACUUGUUUGAAAUAAAACAAAAUUUUAAAAGAUCAUACAGCACUGGAGAUAGACUUAUCAUUGCUAUAAAUCAACUUAGUCAUUUGAGAGAACUUUAAAUUAAUGAAAUCUAUACUCAAGUGCUGUUUGAUCAAACUCAAAAACUUAUAAAAAGGAAAACUGAUUGAAAAUUGUGUUUAUAGUGCUGCAUAUUCCUUUUUUUCUUUAACCUUUUUUACAUGUAUAUUAAACUAAUUUAUAGUAAGUGAUUAAAGAAGAAAAGAUUCUAUAUUUCAAAUGAUGCGCUCAGCGAUAAUAAUUAAAAUGAUUGUUUGAAGUGCAUGAAAGAAUUAUUAUUAAUUAUUAUUAUUAUUAUAGUUUUCCAAAACGAAAAAAAUCUAUUAAUGAACAAUAUAUUAAAUGUAUAAAAGAUG